AGCGCCGGGGCCCCGCUCGGCUCCGCUCGGUACCGGCCCCGCUCCGGGACCGCCCGGCCCCGCCGCCCCCGGGUGGCACUCGGCUCGCUGCCAUCAGCAGUUGGCUCCAGGGGUAGCGCUGCUGGCCGGGCGUCCCGGAGAGGGGCUCUGGGGGAGCUCUCGUGUCCCCAGGAAGCGCCAUGGGACCCCCUGGACGCCCUCACACCACCUAGACUCGUCUCCAGCCAGCAGCACCUCCCGACCCCCAGCAGGAUGGCCCAGCAGCGCCAUGCCAUCCCCCCGCCUCUCAAGACGGAGGAGGAUUACAUCCCCUACCCCAGCGUGCACGAGGUGCUGGGCCGGGAGGGGCCGUUCCCCCUCAUCCUCCUGCCGCAGUUCGGGGGUUACUGGAUUGAGGGCACCAACCACCAGCUGAGCGGGGCCCCCGACUCGCCCCCCACGCCCGUGCCCGGCACCCGGGCAAAGCUGGAGGGCAACCACACGGCCAAGAUCUACCGCAAGCACUUCCUGGGCAAGGAGCACUUCAACUACUACUCCCUGGACCCGGCGCUGGGACACCUGGUGUUCUCGCUCAAGUACGAUGAGCAGGAGCAGCUCCACCUGCUGCUGCGCACCCGUGCCCGCACCCUGCACGACGUGGUGCCCAUCUCCUGCCUGGCCGAGUUCCCCAACGUGGUGCAGAUGGCCAAGCUGGUGUGCGAGGACGUCAACGUGGAUCGCUUCUACCCCGUGCUCUAUCCCAAGGCAUCCCGCCUCAUCCUCGCCUUCGAUGAGCACGUGCUCAGCAACCACUUCAAAUUCGGGGUCAUCUACCAAAAACUGGGGCAGACCUCCGAGGAGGAGCUUUUCGGCACCACGGAGGAGAGCCCGGCCUUCGCCGAAUUCCUGGACGUGCUGGGUCAGCGGGUGCAGCUGCGGGACUUCAAGGGGUUCCGAGGGGGGCUGGAUGUGACCCACGGACAGACGGGCAGCGAGUCGGUCUAUUGCCACUUCCGUGACAAGGAGAUCAUGUUCCACGUCUCCACCAAGCUGCCCUACACCGAGGGGGACGCCCAGCAGCUGCAGCGGAAGCGCCACAUCGGCAACGACAUCGUGGCCAUCGUCUUCCAGGACGAGAACACCCCGUUCGUCCCCGACAUGAUCGCCUCCAACUUCCUGCACGCCUUCGUGGUGGUGCAGCUGGAGCAGGGCGGCGCCCAGGGCACCUUCUACAAGGUCUCCGUCACCGCCCGUGACGAUGUGCCCUUCUUCGGCCCGCCGCUGCCCGACCCCGCUGUCUUCAGGAAGGGCCCCGAGUUCCAGGAGUUCCUGCUGACCAAGCUCAUCAACGCCGAGUACGCCUGCUACCGCGCCGAGAAGUUCGCCAAGCUGGAGGAGCGGACGCGGGCGGCGCUGCUGGAGACGCUGCACGAGGAGCUGCAGGCGCGCAGCCAGGCCAUGCUGGGGCUCAGCCCCGACGAUGAGCGCCCCGACAACGGCGGCACCGCCCCGGGCUUCUUCGAGUCCUUCAAGUCGCUGCUGGUGCCCGGGAGCCGCCGGGGACGCCGCGGCAGCGCCAUCGGGCUGGGCUCGGUGGAAGAGGCGCUGCUGGUGCCCGGGAAGAGCCCGUCACGGCGGCGGCCCGGCCCCCUCGGCUCCCGCCGCUCCAGCGCCAUCGGCAUCGAGAGCAUCCAGGAGGCGCCGGCCGGCAGGGACGGCCCCGCAGCCGCCGACGGCUCCAGCUCCACACACAGCUCCCCCGAGAGCCGCCGGAACCCCGACAGGGCCGAGAAGCCGGAGCCGCCGGAUUUCUCCCGCUCCUCCUCCAGCGCCAGCAGCUUCGGCAGCGCCGCGGAGGAGCCCGGCGAGCCGGGACGGGAGAGCCGCUCGCCCUCGGGGAGCCACCGCGACGCCUUCACGGACACCCCCUGGCCGGAUGAGCCCCCCGGGACCCCCCCAGGCCGCCGCCCGCCUGACUCCCCCUGCCCUGAGAUCAAAAUCCAGCUGGAGCAGCCCUCCCAGAACCCGGGCUCAUAGUCACCCCCCGACCUGCGGGGGUGUCACUGCUUCACCCCCCUCUGUGUGCCACCCCCGUGCCAGGAGCUGAAGCCAUCGUCCCCGGUGCAGGAUUUGGGGGGGGGGGGAAACCCCCAACAAAAAUGGGGAUGUGCCCCCCUUCCCCUCCAGACAAUCUCUGUCACCCCAAAAACCCUUUGGGUGAGGGGGUGAUGCACCACAAAGGGGCCUCCCCUCUGCCGUGACCCCAAAAUGAGGAGUGGGUCCAACCCCAGCAUCAUCCCCUCCCCUAAAAAAACCAGAGGGGACUCAAAUCCAGGGUAACCCCAAAGUGGAGCUCCCUCUCCCCCCCUUUAUUUUAAGGGACAAAAGUUCCGGAAUGUGCCGGAGGCUGGAACUGGGAGGGGAGGGGGAGGAAUAUUUUUUCACACCCUCCCAAAACUGUGUUUGUGUUUCCCGUGAGUCCUGUAUAAAAUAAAGGUUUAUUUAUCGCUA